GCUAUCUUAUUCCGGUUUUGUUUGUUUGUAGAAAGAAAGUACUGAUUUAUUGUAUGUAUUUCAGUAUUAAUUAUAUCAGUAUACCUAUUUAUUGUCUAAAAGUAAAGCUAAAGCGAAUUUGAAAGAUGCUCAUCAGGAAUCUGUCGAGAACUCUGUGGAAGACAUUACGUGUAGAGAAGAGAUGUUUUGCCUCAGAACCAGUAAAACCACAGCCUGAAACCUUUGAAAAUGUGGAUCCCGACCAGGCAGAAUACCUAGAUAAAGAUAUCUGCCUUCUGGUGGAUGAGAAAGAUAAUUUCAUUGGUACAGCAACCAAGAGAGAUUGCCACAAAGUUGGACCCGACGGCAACAUAUUACUUCACCGAGCUUUCAGUGUGUUUUUGUUCAACAAAAGAGGGGAUAUCCUUUUACAGAGAAGAUCCAGUCAAAAAGUUACAUAUCCUGAUUAUUACACCAAUGCAUGUUGUAGCCAUCCAUUAUACAUAGAUGACAAACCUGAAGAUAUCAUUACGGCUGCGAGACGUCGGUUGAAUUAUGAAUUUGGCAUACCAUUGGAUAAGAUGGAUCCUGAUCAAUUCACCGUGAUGGCCCGGGUGCAUUACCACGACCCAGGCGACGGCGUGUGGGGCGAGCACGAGAUCGACCACAUCCUAUUCUUCCAGGCCGACGUCAAAGUGAAGCCCAACUCCAACGAGAUCUCCGAGUACUGCUACGUGCCAAAGAAUGAGUUUAACGCGUUUCUACCAACUUUAGAGGGCCCCCUAACUCCCUGGUUCAACAUGAUCCGCCGGCAUCGCCUCAAACUGUGGUGGGACAACUUGCACAAACUCAAGGAACUCGCGGAACCAAAUAAAAUAACCAAGUUCCAUACUGAUAAAUAAUAUUGUAUCAUAUUAUGUUUUAUUGCUUAGCAUUUUUUGUAUUUAAAAAUAAAUCUGUAUAUUUUAUAGUAAUAAAGGACUUCGUAUGACCUCUGUUGAAACAUUGCUAUUUUAAUAAUGUUCGAGUUUCUCAAAGUGUUACCAAGAAGUGUCGUAAGAUACAAAUUAUUCUUAUUAGGUAGUUGUUGGUUUUGUGUUUAUUUGUAAAGAUUGGUCUAUUGAUUUUUAAAAUAUUUUUAAGACUACGGUUUCUCUCGCUGCACAGACUUUUAGAAAUAGAAUUGUGCUAAGAGCCCUAUAAUUUUGGAACCUACGGAAGAUAAGUAAAAGAGUGAUUGUUUAACAUCGGUGUAUGAAAAGUGCUUGAAUUUAUUAUAAUGGUAUAGGAAAUGAAAAGAGAAGAAAAUUUACAAAGACAAACACAAGCCCCUUUAUUAAUAAAGUGUUACUGAUUACACAGUGUUUUGUUCAAAUGAAAGUUAUUCAAAGAACAGUGACAAGAAUUUAAUUAAAAAUUUAAUAAACCAGAUAACAAAAAAAACUUAGUUUUAAAAACAUCGACCCAAACAACUUGACUAAGUUGGAAUACCUCUAGAGAAGUAGAUAUUUUAUUAUUAAUUGCUAAUAGCGAUCCCCUCUUUUUGCGACGUUGUUUAAAAACACUCCUGAAGUGGCCUAGUGGUUUGUACACCAGGUUUCAAGGUGUCGCCUUCUCGAGAAAUCCCCCCCCCCGGGUUCUAACCCGGGGGGGCAGAUGAUUUUCUUUUGAAUACGAGCAUUUGUUCUGCAGUCAUGGAUAUUAAAUAUGUUUUUCUUUAUAAUAGUUAUAUAUUUAUUCUAUCUGUUACCCUAGUAUCCCAUAACACAAGCCGCCAGUGCUUACUUUGGGUAUAAAAUAUUUAAUUUAAUGGAAAUAUUUAUUUUUUUCAAUAAAGGGGGAAAGAAUUUAAGAAUGUGAACAUGUAUGUACGAUGUUGAUUGGUUAUUAAGUACCUAUUCAAUCUUAGCUAUCAAAAUAAUCAAUAAAUAUCAAAAUAAAUCUUUAGAAAAAAACUUAUUAAUAUUAGUCGAAAAAUAAUAUUACAUGAUUAUUACAUUAAAUGAAUGUAUCAUAGCUGUUAAUAGGCAAUUUUGUUUGUAAAUUAGCUACAAUAUAUUAUAUUGAAAAGAAUUGGUGCUCUCAAAAAUUUUAAAUGAAUAAAUACUGUUGAAAUACGCUCA